ACCGCUGCCGCCGAGGCGUGGGAGAAUAUCAGCGUUUUUCAUUUCUAGGCACGUAUCUUCGAACCCUAAGCCACCGCGGAAAAUCGUUAUCGACAGCAGAGAGUUGCAGGAAGAGGAGAGGGAAAUGUCUGGGAUUGGACCGAUUUCACAGGAUUGGGAACCCGUUGUCAUCAGGAAGAAGGCACCCAACGCCGCCGCCAAGAAGGACGAGAAAGCCGUAAACGCUGCUCGCCGCUCCGGCGCCGAGAUCGAAACCUUAAAGAAAUCUAAUGCUGGGACAAACAAAGCUGCUUCAAGCAGUACUAGUUUGAAUACCAGGAAGUUGGAUGAUGAGACAGAAAAUCUUACUCAUGAUCGGGUACCAACUGAGCUGAAGAAGGCAAUUAUGCAGGCCCGUACCGACAAGAAGCUUACGCAGUCUCAGCUUGCUCAAUUGAUUAAUGAGAAGCCACAAGUGAUUCAGGAGUACGAGUCUGGGAAAGCCAUUCCAAAUCAACAAAUAAUUACCAAGCUUGAGAGAGCUCUUGGAACUAAACUUCGUGGAAAAAAGUAGGAAGACCUCCUUUGGGUAGUGUAAGUGGUGAAUUUGGCCCAAGAGCUUUGGCUUGAGACAAUGACUUAUAUUGUGUAGUUGCUCUUCGCUGAUCUUGAGUGUGUAGUGUGAAUGAAUUUAGCCUAUUUGUCUCUUGUAUCUACUUUGACUUCUAAUGAAUGUCGGGUCGUCCUUUCGGAUUGCACACUCCAUGGUUUUUCAUAUUUUUCCCCAUCUCGUGCUGUCAUGUCUCGCUAAGUUGCCUCUUAAUCGAAAAUUCGAAAUGGAACCAUUCUAGGUGAUGAUUUUCACUCA